CUCGUUUUCUCGCGUGCGGUCUUGCUCAUAAAUUCGCAGUGAGCAGAAUCGCGACUGUAUCUUAGAGAGCCGGCAUUAGAGAGAGACGAGGCGGGCGACUGUUUUACGACUCUACUCGCAACUCCCCGUCUCAAUUGACGUUCCAUCAACCUUCCUGAAUCCUGGCGAUUAGCGAAGGAGUGAUCGACGCGCCUCAUCCUCUCACCAUGGUCUGGCCUUUCUCAUCAAACUACCCGGAACGGAAGGCCAGGGAUGUCGAGGAUCAAACCUUUGACUACAUCAUCGUGGGUGGCGGCACCGCCGGCUGUGUACUUGCCGCCCGUCUCACUGAGGACCCGACCGUUCGCGUGCUUCUUCUCUGCCGCGGCACCGUCGAGGAUACCUGGUUCUCCCGCAUUCCCUUGAUAAACCAGGCCAUGCAAAAAGACGCCCCUCAGGUGACAGCUCUGACAUCCGAACCCGACGAGCGAUGGGCCGGUGAACCUCUCGUCUCCUACACCUCUCGUGCUCUCGGCGGAGCAUCCCGCGUCAACUCCCUUCUGCUCACCCGCGGGGCCCCUGCCAACUACGACCACUGGGCUGAGCUAGGCAACGAUCAAUGGUCCUGGCAACACUGCGAGCCGUGGUUCCGCAAGAUGGAGGACGCGUCGGCUUGCUAUCCAGCAGCCGACCAUCGCGGCCGUGACGGAUCUUUGCUAGUGCAUCAGAUACCGUCCAGCUUCGAGACAGACAAGUACUGGGCCGGAGCCGCAGAGGACCUGGGCAUACCUGCUCAGACAGACGGAAACGACCCGCAGGCCCCUGCCAUGGGCAUCUUCAAUAUCGACCUUAUGGUCACUCGAGACGGCCACCGCCUCUCCGCCAUGGAUGCAUACCUGCCCACCUCUCUGGCCCGGGAGCGUCGGGGCCGACUCUUCGUCUGCACCGGUGUGGCAGCCACUAGGCUUGUCAUCGAUCAAGACACCUCUCGAGUGACCGGGGUGCGGAUUGUCGAUGUCGAGUCCAAGGGGACCGCGCGCGAAUACCUCGUCAAGGCCAAGAGAGAAGUCGUUGUAUGCUGCGGCGCUUUGUUCACCCCCCAGCUGCUCAUGCUAAGUGGCAUCGGACCCAAGGAAGAGCUCGAAGCCCACAACAUUCCAGUUAUCCACGACCUGCCCGGUGUGGGUGCGAACCUCAGCGACCACGUCGCUUUUGGUCUCUCCUGCGAAGUCAAACCUUCCGACUCGUACACUCAGCUCGUGAAGCCGUGGGUCUUCCUAUGGCACCUGCUUCUUUUCCUCCUCUUCAAGACGGGAUUGCUCGCCUCGACACCGACGAAACAGUGCAUUUGGGUUCGUUCCGAUGCGAUCGACGAUGCCACCAUGCAGGUGCAGACCCGCGCCGUCCGUACCAACGACAAAGGAGGAGAAAUCCAGCACGACAACCUGGACGCAUCACGCGUGGAGAACAUCCCGGACAUCGAGUAUAUGAUCAUCGCCGCUCCUUUCAGCCACGACUACUCCUGGAGUCGCGGCUACAGCGGUCUUUUCGCGACUCUCGCGCGGCCCUUUUCUCGGGGCCGCAUUGCCCUGGCGUCGGACGACCCGCUUGCGCUUCCCAAGCUAUACCACCCACUUAUCACCGACCCCCGCGACUGGGCCGUGGCCCGCAAGGCGGCCCGGUUUGGCAUCCGCCUCUUCGAGCGAGUUCGUACGAAGGGGUAUCCAUCCACCAUGCCCUGGUUCAACGCACCGGGGAUGAAGAGGGGAAGCACGGAAGGCAGCUGGGGAGAUGUGAGCGACGAGGAUAUCGACGCCUACAUUCGGAAGUUCCUCAAUGCGUCGCUGCAUGUGACGUCUUCGUGUCGCAUGGCCGAGGAGGCGGACGGCGGCGUGGUCGGGCAGGAUCUCCGGGUUCAUGGGUUCCAGAACCUGCGGGUGGCGGAUGCCAGCGUGUUUCCGGCGUUGACGAGUGCCCAUACGGUUGCGCCGACGUUCCUUGUUGCUGAGAGGUGUGCGGGAUUUAUCAAGCAGGAUUGGAACCCAAAGUCGGCUUGAUUUUAAGUAAUGGAUGACGCUGGGGAGCGUCAGGUCCCUUACUCGCAUGCAUUCACGUGGAGCAAAGCCCGGGAGGACGACUGUAUGACCUGUACCACUACUUAUUCCGCAACAACAAUAGCUCGCGGGAAUCAAGGUGAAUG